CCCGCACUCCUCGUGGCCAAUCGAUCGACCCAUCGGCCGCGCACCGCCAUGCCCACGUAGUAGUAGGACGCCGCCUCGUCAUACGACAGCGACGCCGAUCAUUUGACGGCACCACGCUCCGGCUCCUUCACGGGUAAGCCAAGCCAACACCCGAUCCAUGCAACAAGACAAAUCGCCGUGUCGACCGCCGGACCGAUCACCUUCGCCGCCAAGAAACCCAUCGUGAGUCCAGACCAGUCCACCAUAAGUAGGGUCGAGGUCUCGGCUUCGGCUCGAUCACCACCAGACGCUUGCUUCCAUUUCUCUCCAGUCCGGGCGCCGAGAGAACAGAGAAGAGAAGAACACUUCGAGGCCAGGCUACUCCGCCGGAGAUCGAUGCGAGGGAUGGAUGGGUCGUCGGGGGUGUGGGGCGGGCUCAACUCCGGCGUGGUGCUGAGCCUCAUCGCGGUGCUGUGGACGGUGGUGUGGCAGAACCUGCAGCACCUCCAGCUGCAGCACUUCUUCAAGCGCCACCUCGGCCGCCACGCGCGCCGCCUCGCCGCCCUCGUCGACCCCUACCUCUCCGUCACCAUCGCCGAGUACGACGGCGGGAGGAUGCGCCGCGCCGAGGCCUACGAGGAGGUCAAGGCGUACCUCGCCGCGUCCACCUCCCGCAGCGCGCGCCACCUCCGCGCCGAGGGCGCCCGCGACGCCGACCGCCUCGUGCUCAGCAUGGUCGACGGCGAGGAGGUCGCCGACGCGCUCUUACCCGAGGAGGGCGGCGGCGCCGUGUUCUGGUGGGCGUACUCCCGGCCGCCGCCGCAGCAGGACCGGCGCUGGGGCGGCGGAUUCGGCGGAGGAGGCGGGGACGAGGAGAACCGGCGCUUCUACCGGCUCUUCUUCCUCGACCGCCACCGCGACCAGGUCCUCAACGCCUACCUCCCGCGCGUCCGCCGCCAGGGCCGCGCCGUCAUGGUCCAGAACCGCCGCCGCAAGCUCUUCACCAACAUCUCCACGCACCAGUUCACCGACGGUGGCUACACGCGCUCCGCCUGGACGCACGUGCCGUUCGAGCACCCCAAGACGUUCGCCACGCUCGCCAUGGACCCGGCCGCGAAGAAGGAGGUCAUGGACGACCUCGACGCCUUCAAGGCCGGCAAGCAGUGGUACGAGCGCGUCGGCAAGGCGUGGAAGCGCGGGUACCUGCUGCACGGCCCGCCGGGGACGGGCAAGUCGGCAAUGAUCGCCGCCAUGGCCAACCACCUGGACUACGACGUGUACGACAUCGAGCUCACCUCGGUGCACUCCAACACGGACCUCCGCAAGCUCUUCAUCGGCACCACCAGCAAAUCCAUCAUCGUCAUCGAGGACAUCGACUGCUCCCUCGACCUCACCGGCGCGCGCAACGCCAAGAAGAAGGACGCCGCCCCCGAGGACGACGACAAGGGCAAGGGAGACAAGAAGGGCGCGACCGACGCGACCAGCAAGGUGACGCUGUCGGGCCUGCUCAACUUCAUCGACGGGCUGUGGUCGGCGUGCGGCGGCGAGCGGGUGAUCGUGUUCACCACCAACCACCUGGAGAAGCUGGACCCGGCGCUCAUCCGGAGGGGCCGGAUGGACAAGCACAUCGAGAUGUCCUACUGCCGCGCGCCGGCGUUCGAGUUCCUCGCCAAGGCCUACCUGGGAGUGGAGGAGCACGAGCUGUUCGGGGCCGUGGGCGCGCUGCUGCGUGAGGUGGACAUGACGCCGGCGGACGUGGCCGAGAACCUGACGCCCAAGAGCGCGGACGACGACGCGGACUCGUGCCUCAGGGGGCUCGUGGCGGCGCUGGAGAAGGCCAGGGAGGUCAAGGCCAGCAGCGGAGGCCAGGAGAAGCAGCCGGAGGAAGAAGACGGGGGAGUGGUUGCCGUUGACAAGGAGUGAUCGAUGGAGCGAGUGAGUCAGAGUAGCUCAUGCCUAUGGGAUAUCAUGAUUUCAGACACGUUUUCUCUCUCUAUUGGUUAUUGGUGGAUGACGUUUAUUUCUAGCAAGUGAUGAUGACGCCUAGAAGGCUAGAAUAAUCAGAUUGGAAUUUGGCAGAAA